AUGAAGACUGAAGUGAUAUCGUUUAAAGCCGAAGAUGCGGGCGAUGUGAAAAGUGUGAUGUCAUUGGGGGAGAGGAAACACUUGAAGACCGAACAGAAACCGAUUCAAACUUUUCCAUUCAAAAGCAAGCACAAGAAAAAAGAGGAGGGUGAUCGUUACCCGAAAGAGUUGCCGAUUAGCGAUGCCGCUGUGAAACGCCACGAUGCAGGAAUUAAAGACUUCGAUCCGGAACAGAUGCGUACACAAUUGGCCAAGAAACGAGCUGAGAAAACAAAGCGGAAAUAUGAAGAUCGAGUGACAGCGACAGCGAGGGCCGAAAUUUUAAACGAAGAAACAAGUGGAUUUCUGGAAACGGAAAACGGCAACCUCACCCGCAAUGUGACACAACGAGAAAUUGUUGAGUCGGUGGAUUUGGCAAGUGCGACAAAGCACUUCGAUCUACAUCUCGAACAAUUUGGUCCUUAUCACAUCGAUUACACAGACAAUGGUCGACAUUUGCUUCUCGGUGGUAAGCGUGGUCAUAUUGCUGCAUUCGAUUGGCAGACAAAGAAAUUACACACAGAAAAUAAUGUUAUGGAAGCGGUGAGAGACGUUAAAUUUUUGCACACCGAAAACAUGUUUGCUGUCAGCCAGAAGAACUACUUAUAUAUUUACGACAACGUUGGAACCGAGCUGCAUUGCUUGAAGAAUUUCAAUCAAGUGCUGCAAUUGGAAUUCUUGCCCAAACAUUUUUUACUUGUUGGAAGUGGUAGAAACUCUUGGCUACAUUAUCUAGAUGUAUCAAUUGGACAAAUUGUUGUGGAAUUUCCUACUAAACAAGGCGCUCUCGAUGUCAUGUGUCAAAAUCCAGCUAACGCUAUUAUUCACACAGGGCACAGUGAUGGAACUGUUUCUCUUUGGUCUCCCUCAUCAAAAGAACCUCUGGUACGAAUGUUGGCUCAUACGGGUGUCUUGAAGGGAAUUGCCGUCGAUCAAUCUGGUACUUACAUGGCGACCACUGGACUCGAUCGGAAAUGCAGGAUAUGGGAUGUUCGUAUGUAUCGACAACUGCACGCCUACACGAUUUCACCUCUUUUGGGACGGGUUGCCAUCAGCGAUCAAAAAGUGAUUGCGUGUGCUGUUGGAAACACUGUUCAGACUUUCAAAGAUAUGCAUUUGGGUGUCUGUAGUGAGCCAUAUCUUGUGCACAGAUGCUCUGGUGUGAUUUCUGAUCUGAAAUUUGUUCCGUUUGAAGAUGUGCUAGGAGUUGGACAUGCAAACGGCUUUACAUCUUUGAUCAUUCCAGGCUCUGGAGAAGCGAACGUUGAUUUGAUUCGAGCCAAUCCGUAUGAAACAAAGAAACAGCGCAAAGAACGAGAAGUGAAACAACUUUUGGAAAAGAUUCCUCAUGACAUGAUUUGUUUGGAUCCGGAUGAGAUUGCGCGUGUUGACACGGAGUCACUUGAAAAGGCUGAAGAGGAACGCAAGAAAUCGCUCCUACAUGUGAACAAGCCGGCAAUCAAAUUCACACCAAGGCACAAAAUGAAAGGAAAAGGAUCAGCGCUCAACAAGGCUCGUCGCAAGGAGAUUGUUACCCAACUUCGUAGAACGGAACGCAAUGAGGAGGUUAAAGCUGCAGAAAAAGAGUUCUUCGGAAGUGGUGAUGCGAAAAGAGCACGUGAAGAUGACGGCCCGAAACACGUUUUGGAUCGUUUCAAAAUAAAGAGG